UUUUUCCUAUUGGAAGAUGUCAUUUGUUGACAAUCGCAUGUAAUCCAACCUAGCCUUGAACUGCUGAUCUUCCUAGUGCGAAGAGUUACUAUUUUUCUGGCUAAAAAUGUGCAGGGAGAAGGUAUGAGCAAUCCUAAGAGUGCCUUCAGAAAUUGCUGAUCAGUGGAGGACUUUUCAGAUUUACCCUUGGUGCGCUGGGCACCCUUCCUGUUAGGAGGCAUCACUAAUUGGGCUUUGUGUAAUGCCUUAUGCCAACACUAGCGACACUGACUAGAAGGAAGAGCAAGGAGUGCCUACUAAAUAAAAAUUCAGCUCUCGGGUGCAGAACGAGUUCUACUUAAAAGCAAACUUUGUCCAGCUACCCCUGUGUUUUGAGCUCGGCUUCCUCCCUACAGGAGCUGCUCCUGUCACUCAAGCCUCGCUGGCCAAUCAGGGUAUUUAAGCAGGCCGUCCAAUCAGGAUCUCCGGCAGGCGGUGAGGGGCGGGUUCUUUCUGGCUGCUGUGCUGUGGGUUCUCUGUGGCCGAGGGAGGUGCGAGUGUGCUGCGCUGUGUGAGCCGGUACCGGAGCUGUGGGAAGAGCGCGGGCGAGCUCGGAACCGCACCAUGGUACUGACCAGGCCUGAUCCUGCUUAGUUUCCAAGAUCAGGAGUUUUUGGCCUUCGAGGAUGUGGCAGUGAAGUUCAGCCAGGACGAAUGGAUAUUGCUGGGUCCUUCUCAGAAGAAGCUGUACAGAGAUGUGAUGCUGGAAACCUGCAGUAACCUUACUUCUCUAGGCAUCAGAUGGGAAGACUGGAGUGUUGGACAGCAGUGCGAACAUCCUUGGAGACAUCUAAGAAGUCACAUGGUAGAUACAAUCUGGGAGCAUAGAGAAGGUGGUUCAUUUGAAAUACAACGACGUCACAGUGGUGAAGAAUCCUGUAAGCCAUCUGGAAUGGCUGUCAUUUGCCCCUGUUCAUUUUCUAUGGAUGGAAGAAUCAACACCGACGAUAAAGGUUCUGAGUGUUUACAGUGCGGUAAAGCUCUGAGUUCUGGUUCCCAUCAAAGUCAUGAAAGAGUUCAUAGUGGCGAAAGCCCCUAUGAAUGUGAACAGUGUGGGGAGUCCUUCAGACAGCAAAGUUCAUUUCAUUUACACAAAUUAACUCAUACUGGAGGGAAACCCUAUGAAUGUAAACGGUGUGGGAAAACCUUCCGAUGUCACAAUUAUCUUCAGUUACAUGAAGUUUUUCAUAUCGAAGAAAACCCCUAUGAGUGUAAACAGUGUGGAAAAACCCUCUGUUCUCCCAGUUCUCUUCGAUUUCAUGAAAGGAUUCAUAAUGGAGAAAAACUUUAUGUAUGUAAACAGUGUGGUAAAGCUUUCAAAUGUCAAAGUUACCUUCGAAUGCACGAAAGAACUCACAGCGGUGAAAACUGUUACGAUUGUAAACAGUGCGGUAAAGCUUUCAGAAGUCACUGCUCCCUUAAAAGACAUACAGCAGCUCAUCCUGGGAAGAAACCUUAUGCAUGUAAACAGUGUGCUAAGUCCUUCACUUAUCCAUAUUUACUUCAGACACAUGAAAGAUUUCACACUGGAGCAAAACCAUAUAAAUGUAAGCUUUGCAGUAAAGCCUUUCUUUGUUCCCCCUUUCUUCAAAGACACAAAAGGACUCACAUGUGGGGAAAACCCUAUCAGUGUAAACAGUGUGGUAAGGCCUUUGAAAGUCAUAGUUCCCUUCGCUUGCAUGCCAGGGCUCAUACUGUAGAAAAACCUUAUAAAUGUAAGAUAUGUAGUAAAGUGUUUCUCUGUCCUUCUUUCCUUCAAAGACAUGAAAGAGCUCACAUUGAGGAAAAACCCUUUGAAUGUAAGCAAUGUAGUAAAGUCUUCAGAGAUUGGAAUACCUUCCAAAUACAUGCAAGAUCUCAUAUUGUAGAAAAGCCCUAUAAAUGUAAGAUAUGUAGUAAAGCCUUUUAUUAUGCCUCCUCCCUGGAAAGACAUGCAAAGAUUCAUACUGGAGGAAAACACUAUGCAUGUAAGUAUGCAUGUGAACAAUGUAGUCAGUCCUUCAUUUUUCCUUGUUUACUUGAGAGGCAUUUAAGAACUCACACAGAUGAAAAACCCUAUGAGUGUAAGCAGUGUGGUAAGACAUUUAGGAGUCUCACUUACGUUCACAUACAUAAAAGAACUCACACUAAAGAAAGACUGUAUCCAUGUAAACAGUGUGAUAAAAGCCUCAGUUGUCCCAGUGCCCUUCAGUUACAUGAACUAACUCAUAUUAGAGAAAAAUCCUAUGCAUUUCUGCAAGCUGAUAAAACCGCCAGGAAAUUCAGUUAUUUUCAAGUACAUGAAAAAACUCGUACUGAAGAAAAAGCUUAUGAAUGUAAGCAGUGUACAAGUCUCAGUUGUCCACGUUCCCUUCAGCUACAUGAAAGGAUCCAUACUGGAGAGAAGCCACAUGAAUGUAAACAAUAUGGCAAAACCUUCACAGCGCUCAGUAGUUUUCGAGUGCAUGAAAUACCUCACAAUCCUGAGAAACCUUCUGACUGCAAGCAGCAUGGUAAAGUGUUCAGUCUUAGUAAUAUACAUGAACGACAGAAAGCUGAAGGAAAUCUCUGCGAAUGUAAGCAGUGUGGCAAGUCCUUUGUUUCUCGGUAUUUACUCCAAAUGCAUGAAAGGGCUCAUUCUGCAGAGAAACGCUAUGAAUGUAAAGUAUGUGGCAAAUCCUUCAUUUAUCCCUCUUUUCUUCAAAGACAUGAAAGAACGCAUACUGGAGAAAAACCUUAUGAAUGUAAACAAUGUGGUAAGGCCUUCAGAGUUCAAAGCUCCCUUCGAUUACAUGAAAGAACUCAUUCUGAGGAAAAACCUUUUGAAUGCCAACACUGUGGUAAAGCCUUCUGGCGCUUCCCUUCUCUUCAAGUACAUGAAAGAAUCCAUACUGGAGAAAAACCCUUUGAGUGUAAACAAUGUGGCAAAACAUUUAGAUGCCACAGUUCCCUUCAAAGACAUGAAAGAACUCAUAGUCAUGAAAAACCGUAUGACUGUAAGCAGUGUGGUAAGACCUUUCGAUGUCACCGGUCUCUUCAGAGACACGAAAAGACUCAUGCUGGGGAAAAAGCUCCAUGAGUCUGAACAGCGCAAAGACUUGUGGACUUUCUAAUUUCCUUCUUGUGUUUGAAAGUAUUCCUGGAAAGAAAAUCCGGUAGUAUAAGACUAAUGAAAGAUUCAGGGGUUUUUGUUUGUUUGAUUUUUAAUCAUAGACCUCCUGGAUAAAAACCUAUCAGUAUAUGUGUUAACAUAUUCAGUUCUAGACUGAACAUGGCAGUGCCUGCCUUUAAUCCCAGUACUGGGGAGUCAGAGGCAGGCAGAUAGGAGUUCCAGGCUGGCCAGGGCUACAAAUGAACAAAAAGAUGUUCAUUUCCUUUUGAAAACGUGAACAUCUCUGCUGGAGUGCUUUAGGAAUAAAUGUAAUGUUAGAAUACUUAAUUUUUCAUAUUUCCUCUUGAAUACAUGGUAAUGAAAAUAGGGGUAGCUCUUGGAAGAAAGGAUUUUGGAUUGAAACUAGUUUGGAAAGUAAAGUUUGCAACAUUUUAACAGAGUCAUGAGGACUAUUGGAAGUAAAUUUUAAAUAUAUUGAAAUCCUGAUGCAAGUUAACCUGUCAUGUUCAGAUUUUUAUAACAUGAAUGUAAUGUUACAUAGGUUAUGCAUAUAUUGUGUUUACCAGGGAUUUUUAUUUAUUGAUGUUUCUAGAGGGGCUGGAUGGUGCAAGCCUGUAGUACUAGUUACUUAGGUCGCUGAUGGAGGAGAAUUGCAAGUUCAGGACUUGGCCAACCAAUUUAAGUACUGUUUUAUCAUCAAAAACUGAAGAGUACUUCAUAUGUUGUUCAUUGGGUAGAAUACUUGACGGACAUACAUGAAACUGAGUUCAGUCUCCAGUAUUCUUGUCAGAAGAAUGAGUUGCCAUUUCUUGUAGGCAUACAUUGAGGUAAAAAUUAAGUAUAGUCUUCCAGCAAUAGAGGUAGCUUGUAAUAUAUACACUAUUAGACAGUUCCAUAACUGAAGGUCAUUGUGUGUUCUUUUCCUGAUGUGAUAAAAUAUCCCAACAAAACAAGCUAGGAAGGGUUUCUUUUGGUUCAGAGGUUGAGCUGUGUCACAGCCUGACAUGGUACAGAAGUCACAGCAGGAAGGGCUUGUCGGAGCUUGUCACACUGUGUCUACAGUCGAGCAAAGAGUGAUGAAUACUCAUGACUUUCUAGUUUUCUCCCUCUUAUGCAAGUCUAGAACCCAAACCCAGGGAAUAGUGUCACCUUGAGGGUGCGUCUUCCUGUCUCAGGUUAAAUCCCUUACAGACAAGCCCAGAAGCUCAUCUCCCAGGUGAUUUUAGAUUUUCUCAAGAUGAUAAUAUCAACUGUCACAAAUAUAGUAUCGUCUGCCACACUCUACUCCAAACGCGCAGCAUAAUGUUUUACCGAUUUAGGAAAAACUGCAAAUAUUUGGUAUAAAUAUGUAAAAGGAUAGUAGCAUACGGAUAAUGGAGUCUUCAGGACUGGAUACUACUCUGCAUGUCUGUGAGCUCUAGUUUAGUGAAUGUGAAUGUUAAGGACUUUACUAUACAUUAAUAUUACAGCAAUUAACUUUAUAAACACUGUAGACUUAGAUUUUAUUAUGUAUAAAAGAUCAUUUUAUAGUGAAUUAGGUAAUAACUUUUUAACUUUGCAAAGUUAAAAAUUUUGAUACAUUUUUACUUUCUUAGUCACCAGUUUGCAAAUAAGAAAUUUGUAUACCUUUGGAUUACAUUGGGUUGAGAAGCUUGAUUUUUUUUAAAAAAAAAUUGCUUUCUACUUUACUGAAAUGUAUUUUAUAAAGAUUGUUUAGUGAAUUUUGGUUUGGGAUUAUCUAAUAGUUUCUGAAAUGGUCAUAAGUGUACCUUUGCCAUUUUGUACUAAUUUACGUGAAGGGCACUCAACAUUGAUGAUUCAACUCUGGAAAACAUUGAGUCUCUAAAUUUUGCAUUCUCAGAUAUAUAUAGUGUUUUUUUUUUCUUUUUUUUUUUUCUGAGGCAGGGUCUCACUGUGUAUCCCUGACUGGCUGGAACUCAGUAUGUAUAGCAGGCUGACCUUUAAUUCAAUGAUUCACCUGUUUCUGCCUCCUGAGUUUUCGGAUGAAAGGUGAGUGCCACGAUCAUGUAAGAUUUAAUACCUAAUUAAAAACAAGCGUCUCAUCUCAAUUAGUGUGAAAAUUGGUUUUUAUCUUUAAUAAAUGGUAAUGUUUAAUAAUAUUGGUUUUUAAAUAGAUUUCUUUUUUCAAAUGUUUUAAGAUACAAUUAUUUUGUAUCUCUGUGUAAAGAGAAGCAAUAUAGCCAGAAGGUGAUUCACAUACUGUGAAGAGCUGCCAAAUAAAAUUUGCUUCUGUUGACACCUGUAUAUUCUGCUUUGUUCUGUUUGUAGAUUAGAUUAUAGAAAGGAUUGGGUUAAGAUUAAAGAUUAGGGUUAGAUUUAGAGAAGUAGAAAUUAGGUUUCUGGUAAGGGUCAGGAUUUUUAUUGUUAUGGAUUAGUAUAAACCAUAGUGGUAGAGCCAGAGAUUGGGUACUAGGGUUAGAGGUUUAAGUUUUAGGUUUAGGUUUUUGCAUUACAGAUGAAUGUUUGGGAUAUGAUUAAGAUUAAUAUUAAGUGUGGUUGAACAUGAGGUGUAUCAUUAGGAUUUGUGAUGGUAUUAGAGUUAGGAUAUUGGUUGGGUUUAGUGUAAUGAUAGUGUUAGUAGUUGGUUUGAGUAGGAUUCAGGAUAGGAUUAGUGUUAGGAUUUGGGAUGUUACGUGUUAUAGUGUUAAGGUUGUCAACAGAAGUAGCAUUAGGGUAAGAAAUUGAGAUUAGGUUUAGGCUAUGGUUAAAGAUUAGUGUAAAGUGGCAAUGCUUUCUGUCUUCCAAACAGACCUGUCAUGGAUCAUAUAAAAAUGUCCCCUAUAGGCCCAUAGGUGGCACUAUUAAGAGGUCAAGAAAAUUUUCCACAGUCAAGCCCACAUGUCAAUCUAAUGGAGACAAUUUCUUAAUUGAGAUUUUUGCCUUUCCAGAUAUGUAUACGCUUGUUUCAAGUUAGCAAAAACUAUCCAGCCCAGCUAGUGUUAGAAUGUGGUCAUGAUUAGGGUUAGAGUUAUUAUCUUAGUUACUUUUACAUGGCUGUGAUAAACCUCAUUUCCAAGGCAAAUUAUAGAAUAAAAGCAUUUCAAAGUUUAGAAUCCAUGAUGGCAGAACAAAGAUGUGGUACAGGAACAGUUGAGAACUUACGUAUUGAUCCUCAAGUAGGUAGAGAGAGAUACACUGAGAAUAGCUAGAAUCUUUUGAAAUCUUAAAGCCCACCCACAAUGACAUAGCUCCUCCAACAAGGCCAUACCUAUUCUUAAAUGGCUGUACCAACUGGGACCAGUUAUCUAAUCAUAUGGUCCUAUUGGGGCCAUUCUCAUUUAAAAACCCCAUUAAUAUUCUAUGUCAUGUUAAGUCUGGAGUUAGGGUUCUGAUCAGAUGUUGACUAGAGUUGGGUUUAGGGACAGAGUUAUAGUUAUGACUUAGUAUGGUUGGACUUAGAGUUAGGAUGAGUUCUAUUGUUAGCCUUAGGGAUACACGAGAGUUACAUUUAUUUAGGGGUUACAUUAGGGUUAGAUUAGGGAAAGGGCUAAGAUCAGUGUAAUAACUAGGGAUAAAUGUGAGUUAGCUUUAGGACUGGGACUAGGUAUAUUAUUAGGGUAAGUGUUAGGGCAAGGAUUGUGGGUUAUAUAUAAAUAGGGUUAGGAUUGGGGUUUAGGUUUAGGCUAAUGCUAACAUCAUGUUAGUUUAGUACUAAGUUUAUGUGAUUUAGUUUCAACUUAAAGUCGGGGUUAGAUGUAGGGCUGGGCCUAGGACAGGGUUAAUGUUAGGGAUAGUAAAGGCUUAGAAUUAAGCCUUAGAGAGUGUUAGAAUUUGUUAAUACUGUUACAGUUGUGUUUAGAAAUGGGACUUGGGCUAGGAUUAAGGCUAGGCUAGGAUUACCCUUAUUGCUGUGACUAGAGUUGAAGUUUGUAUUAUGGGUAGUUUAUGACAAUGUGGUCUUGUGAUAUCAGGAAGCUCCAUUGUAUCUACUCUGCUGAACUGUGACACUGGAGUACUCAGUUGUGCAAGCACAAUGCUGUAUUAGGCCACCACAGUGCUACAUUGUGCCAGCACAGCUGUGUAAUUCAAUACAAUGCUCAUCAUCAUCAUCAAAAUACUCCAUUAGCUUAGAAGGCAUCGGCAACUCAUCAAAACAGUGUGUAUUCACAGUGCUCCAUUUUGCCAUCACAGUACUCUAUUGUGAUAUGAGAUUGUUCCAUCGUGUCACCGCAAUCUGGAAUUAUGAUUAUUACAUCUACUGGACCCUCAUAAUGCUCGAUUUUGAUAUCACCAUGCUGUGUUGUGACAAUACAAUAAAAUAGUAUGUCAGUA